GUUGUGUCAUGUCAUCGUAAUAUUACUCUUCAUCAAAGGACUAAAAGUGAUAAAAAAAUCAUAAAACUGCAAAGAAAAGUUUAUCACUGCACUGGAAAACUCUUAGUUUAACGUAACCACAAUGCAUUGGUACGGCGGGAGCAUCGCUGAAGCAGUAAAUUUAUCGAAACAGCGGAAUGCAAUAUUCGUCGUCUUCGUCGAAGGUGAUAAUGAUCUGUCUACCGAAAUGGCGGCAACAAUAGACGACACAGAUGUAGUAAAAAGGCUUUCUGAUGAAAACAACUUCUUAGCUGUGAAACUCAAGAGCGGAUCUACUAAUUAUACACAUUUUGCCCAGAUUUACCAGUUUGUGCCGGUUCCAUCGUUAUUCUUUAUAGGUAGGAAUGGUACACCUCUCGAAGUGGUAUGUGCUGGAAUCCAGGCUGGUAACCUUGCAACUAGAAUCGACAGGAUAUUACAGGAACACCGCAAAGAAAAACAGCCCAAUCAGUCGCCCAGUUUGGUCAGCUCUGCUCCCUCCGUACAGCCAUCUACUUCUACGCAGAAUAUAAAGGAACAGACAGAAGGCCUACUGCGCUCCGAAGCUACUGUGGCAACCGCCCUAGUAGAACAGACGCCAGCUAAACAGGAACCAGAAUCUUCUGGGCCGGCAGCGAAGAUUCAGAAGACUGAACACCACGAGGUGACCAAGUCUGGUCAGGAGUACGACGUGGUGUGCGAUGGUGAUGUGUGCGUGCGUAAACCAAGACUGACCAAACCUGACGAGGCUGGACCCAGUCAAAGAAUAGAAGUUGAAGCUUCUACGCCACAGACAGAAACACCUUCAGCGGCGCUCUCAGAAGAUACAGUCAGUAUGGAAGAGAAAUUAGAGAAAGCCAAAGAGCUGAUCGAAGCGAGAAGAAGGGAGAAAGCGGAGAAAGAGAAAGAGCUUGAAAAACAGAAGGAAAUCGAGCGAAGAUCACAAGGACAAGGUGUAGCUGAGUUGAAGAGAUGGCAAGCUGAACAAGAACUGAAACAGAUACAGGAGGAACGCAAACGUGAAAAAUUAGAGAACAACUUGGCGCGUCAACGUAUAUUAGAACAGAUCGCUCAGGACCGCGCCGAGCGACAAGCCAGAGAUCAACAAGCGACCGUCGCUCAGGUCGCUCAAUCCACGCCAGUUACCACAUCAGGUGAUGGCGGCUCGAGGGCCCGGGUUCAGUUCAAGCUACCAGACGGAACAUCUCACACAGCACAUUUCGAUGCUGACGGUACACUCGCCGAUAUACAACGAUAUAUAGCGGACAACUUACAGCUGCCGACAUCUUCGUUUUCCAUAUGGACCGCGUUCCCUCGGCGAGAAUUGGUAGAGACCGAUGAAACUCUCCGUAGACUCGAACUGGCGCCGUCUGCCGCUCUACUGAUAUUGCCGCGGCGGCAACCGGCACAGGUCGCCGCACCCGGCGCGUUCGCAUCACUCGUCGCGUUAUUAACACAAAUCUUCACAUCAUUCGUGCUGCAACCGUCGCAACUUGUUUACGAUUGGCUUCGCACGCGCUUAUUCGGCAAUCCGCCUACCGAAAGUCCUUCAUCCCCACCACCGAGGCAGUCAUCCCCCCCACCCAGCAUCCGCCGUAGAGGCAACAUCCACAGACUACCAGGCGAUAGAGCGGCUGAUGACGAUAAUAACACCUGGAAUGGAAACUCUACGCAACAGAUGUAGAUUAAAUCACUGUGUGUGACGAAGACAGUUAUAUAUAUCUUUCUUUUUAAUUCAAAAUAUAUAUAUAUUUUUAAAAUCCGUGAUAUUAUUUCAGAUUUUUCAUAUUCCAAACACUUUUUUGUUGUGUAUAAAACCGACUACUAAUAUGUCAAUGAUUACGACAAGUAUAUACAGGGCUAUUUUCAAAACAUCAGCGAUCUAUGACUAUUCAUAAGCAAAGACUUUCGGUCAUUCAUUUAUACAAAAAUCUAAUUUAAUUUUAAACUGUUCGAAUGUUAAUACUACGCGUAAUAAAAACAAGUACUUUAAGCAGUACGUAACCGUAGCAUUGGUAUUUGUUUAUAAAUAAAAAUAUUGACGUCUAAGAGUCAUGACUGUAUAAUAAAAUCAUAUAAAGUUUUAUUUGUUCAAAGUAUCGAGUUAUGGUUAAUAUCGUGUUUGAUCUACGAGUUAUCGUUUAUGAUUCUGAAAGGAUGCAAGCGCUUCUAUACUAAUAUUAUAAUGAAGAAAGAUUUAUUUGUAUUUUCAUUGAAUAAGCUCCGAAUGGACUGGACCGAUUCGACUAAUUAUUUUAUCAUUAGAAUCAUUAUUAACAUAGACGAUAGGAUAUUUUCACAAACGUUAAGAGAUAAGUAUAUAGAAAAUAUCCUUGCGAAGCUGGGGUUGGCCGCUAGUUGGAAAUAAACCUGUAUUAGUUGACUUUUUCAUUUCUAUUUGAAACGAUACUUUUGUGAUGUUAGAAAUAUUUUUAAGCGUAUAUGAUCGUCAAAGAUAGGAAGCCGAAGGCUGCGACCAGGACAGGUAUACAAAAUUUCUUACUAGUAGAUGUAAGAAAUACAAAUAAAUGUAACAAGUUUUGUAUAUCUGCCCUGUUACAAUAAAAAAAAAGAUGUUUUAAAUUAGAUAUGGUAUUAUUGUAAAUCAUUUACACUGUCACAUAAUAUGGCCAUAUUUAUAAUAUUAUUUUUAUUGAUUUAUUUAAUUUUUUAUAUUGACUAUGAAACUGUAAACUGUGUUAUUUUUGAAGGGUUAAAGUUGCCACAGGAUUUGGCAAUCAUGUAUAUAAGAUUUCUUUACACAUGGAAUUUUGUAAGUCUAUUUGGGAUUAAUACACAGAAAGGUGUUAGUAUUUGAAAUAUUUAAGUAUUCGAAUGGUUUGUAGAAAGAUAUUCGAUAAUUAAAUGUUAAAAUCAGACAAAUUAUGCAUGCUAUGGUGAUGACCAGAUGACAGCUAUCAACUCCCAAGAUAACUAGCGCCAUUCAGUUUAAAUAAAGAAAGAAAAAGUUUAUUGACCACACAGUUAUGUAUUUACAUUAAAUUCAAUUUCUUAAUUAUUGGCUUUUACAUGCCAUUCAUCAUUCCAAUAUCACCUGGCAAUUACACGCAAGGUGUACAGUUUCGUUCGCUUCCUUAGGUACGGAUCGAUGUGCUAACAACUUUAAAAGUGUAAAAUUGUUACAAUGAUUAUAACCCUAAGCGCAUUGAGAUUAGAGCUCAGAAUUGAUUUUGGAAAUUGUUGAAUUCUGUAUAAUAAAAAAAUUGGUUUGUGGGUUUUCUUAAUACUUUUUAUAAAAUUUCGCGUUUGAGUCACAUUUCUCGCAUAAAAUAUUUGAUCGUCUCAUAAGACUCACUUAAUUUCUAAAUAAAUUUUUCACUGCACUGCACUGAGUACUAGACAAAAAUACCUAAUUAUAAAUACACAUGCAUUAUAUUGUAUGCUAAUAAAACAAAUUUAGGUCAAAUUAAAAUUAGUGUUGGUUUUCCCAAUAAAUGUUUCGAGAGAAUUUUCUUAAUACAUUUUAAAAUUACGAAUAUAAUGUAGGUAGACAAAUGUAGUUCCAUUUCAAAGCGUGUUGAAAGAUUCCAAAGUGCUUUAAUUAGCUUGUUUGAAUAUUACAUUUCAUUUCAUUAAUUCUCUCUUGGAAAGAAAAUUUAUUAACAGUUUUAUAGUAUAGUUAUAAACCAUUCAGUUAAAUAUUACUCGACUUUGUAAUAUAUUAUGGAUAUUAAUAUAAAUAAAAUAAAUGAUUUGUUACUGAUAUAUAUGGUUUUUAUUUUUCUACUAGAUUCCGUGAUAUUUUGCUAGAAAUAUUUAAGCGUGAAUUUAGUUAUUAUUACAAAUCUGAUCCAUUCAA